CGCGCUUUCCCCUGCCUGUGCACGCUACACUGGGCGCACUGCACCCAGCCUUCCAUUUUUAUUUUCUCCUUUCUCGCGCCCCGUCGAACUCCGCCCCCCUCGUGCCCUUGCGAAGUACCCACCGCAUUUCAAAGGAUGGCCGACGACUUCAUGGUCGUGGUACCGGUUGGUGAGAAUGACUGCGAUCUGAUUGCCGAUGGAACAGACGAAGCACCCUCCGAGCAGGCCGCUGACAUGGCACCGGAAGACGACUCCUCCGGCACCUCGAGCGAUGAUCUCGACGACGUCGACAUCAUUGACUUCCCGGACCGGGAGCCAGACGGCCAGGCCGUCGCACAGGAGGAGACCCGGGCGCUCGAGGCCGGCGCAGCUGCGCGGGACACCGACGAUGGCGGGGCCACGACGGAGGGCGAAACUCCAAGUGGCUCACCGGGGCUGCGCCCGGAGCCCGGGCUCCCGGCCACCUCGCCGGCUCGCUGUUGUGGCGAUGUGGCGGACAUGUAUCGCGAAAUCCUGGCCAAUGUGCAACAACGGGUUUCCAGCCUGCAAACUCUUUUGCUUGAAACGGCUGACACGGAGUCCCGCGGCGGCGCGCCGGCCGCGCUGGCGCCCGCGCCCUCCUCGACCGACUUGACGCACGAUAUGAGCCAGACGAUCGACCAUUUGGAGCGCUCGCUCCGGGCCCGCGAGGCCGAGCUCAAGGCGAUGGAGGACUUUCUGGCGGGCUUCCGGGGAUCCGGCUCCAAGAAGGAUGUCAUUCAGGCACUGGCAGACCGUCGGGCCGGGCGCGAGGAGGCCGAGGCCUUGACCAAGCGGCUCACGGAGGCCGAAGAGCAGGCCACCGAGCUGCGGCACCAGCGCGAUGUUCUCCAAGACCAACAGGCUGGCCUUGUCAAGCGCCUGGACGCCGCCACGCGGAUAGUCGCGGAUCUCGGGGCGCUGCUGCAAGACGCCGAGCGCCAGGCAGCCUAGGCACCCUGAUCGCCCCUGCUGGAGUCCCCCGGUGUUGCCACGAAUCGCGAAAGGUGGCUGCGGAUUUUUGUUUGCCCCCCGGCCCGCGCCCGAGCCUGCAGCGCC